UGUUUUUUAGCCCUCUCAGCCAGAUGAGCGAUGGCAGGGCUCUCGCUCUGAAGCUAUCCUAGACCGACAACAGAUGGGGUUGGGCCCACCAGAACAAGGGGAGGGGAACAGGUACUGGCCUCACCCUGGGGCUAACACUAACCCAGCCUUCUCAGACAUACCCAACGCUUUGGAUAGAUCCCCGGGACCUCCCAUAAACAGAAAUCCAAUGGGAGGAUCUGAGCUGAGGGACGCUUGGAAUAAAAUGUAUGGUCGUCCAGGGCGACCAGAAAUGCCAGGAAUGUCUCGACCUGUCAACAGUCCAGCCAAGAACAACCAGUACCCCCACCUACAGCAAGUUGUACUACCUGCUGUCCCAUCCCCACAUGUUAGUAGUGAUUUACCUGGACGUUACAGUGCACCGGCCAUCACAAGUUCAAGGACAAGUCCUAUGGGCCAAAGUUCAAGUACCCAAGGUCAGGGGUCAAAUUCUAGUCAUUCAGGAUUGGAAGUGGACACAGGUGUGUCAACGUUUCAGACUUUCGGGAAAUCCUCUGAUCAAAGUGAUAAUUCGCCCUCCCAGAGUACAUCCCCAUCAGGACUGACAAUAGGGCCAGCUUCAAAAUAUCCUGACAACGGUGGUAAUAAACCUAUUGUUAGUAGACACAAACCAGGGGUGCCACCAAAACCAUUCAACCGUGAGGACCUCAGGGACAGUAGGACCAAGUCACCAGCAAGUUUCAGUGCUGACUACAGAGAGGAUGUUCCUCCUGUGGGACUGAAGUCUAAGAUCACCGGCAGGUCUAUCACUCCAUUUUCUAUGAACGAUCCAUUUGGGAGGGAGAGUAACUAUAACCAGACGUUUACAAAUGGUGGUUUUACCACCAGUACGUUGGGCAGUGAGGGCCCAGGGGAUGUUCAGGCCAGUAUAUUUGACUAUGUGACCCCUAGUGAGGCCUCUUCCCGGUCAGUAACCCCUCCCCUUCCUCCCUUGUCUAACUCAGAGUCAGAGUCAGAACUCUCCAGUCCACACGUGUCACCACGGCUACAACGUUCUGCUAGUGCUGACAUAUUCUCAACACAAAAGACUCCAGACCUUCUGAGUAACACACGGCCAAACAACGACCCCAGGUCACGAAAGGGACCAGCCUCCCACUUAAACUACCGCCAAGACAGGAAACACUCCAGAGGCCAACGGUUUGGAAAACCUCCAACAGGAAGAAUUCUUAUCAAUGGUCGCAUGGAGGGUGGUUUCACAAAUGAUUUACGUGAAUCUGCUGGUGACGAGAGUGAUCUGCCCUUUGAUAUAGAGGAUACCAUUUUAACAGUGGAAUCUCAUGAUACAGAGCCAGUAAAACUCCGUGAUUUUCCACAGCCCCCUGGAGAUAUAGACAACAUGAAAAACAAAAUGGACAAUUUAGAGGGCAUGUACCAGGAUAUUAUGAAAGUGUUAGGUGUAGACAGGGAAACUGUUACCACAGUGAUGAACCGUGCACCACGGCGACGGUGGAGUAUUGGAAGCUCUGACACCAGUUCUUUACGGAGACCUGUGAAAAAAGGUCGUGGUUCAAGUACAACAACAAAUAUGGGAGGUCAUCAUCGUCAUCAUCACUACAGUCACAGGGACAUCAA